UUCAAACAGGAACCGCAGACCAGAUGUCAUUGUACUUCCUGUGUGAAAGUUCACAACAAAGAUGGCGCCGUCCAAGACGAAACAUGCCAGCCAGGCUUGCAUUAUUCCAGGAGGAUUUACUGUAUUGUCCCUGCAGUACAGUCCUGACAGCGCUGCGCGCCACAGCGUGUUUGUUAAGGAGCACAAAGUGCGAGCGGAGAAGACUUCACAAAGACCUCUCGACAAAACACUGUUUGCCAUCAACAUUCCUCCAUAUUGUUCAGAGCUAAUCGUGAAGGAGCUGUUCUCUCAGUUCGGCCCUGUUAAGUCUGUGGAGCUGAGGGACAAGCCAGGCUCCUCAGAGCACACCGGGCCCAAGCUGUCCAAGUAUUUCACACCAGCACAGAAGCAGGGGUUCAAAGUGGGUUAUGUUGUUUUCGACAACGCCAGCAGUAUAGCAGCAGCCAAGUCCCACCCCCAUGACGUCCCAUUGGUCGUCUCCACAGAGCAGCAGCCAGUGAAAACAGGCAUACAGAAAUGGGUUGACCAGUACAGAGAGGCGUUAAUUCAGCCGGACAAACUACAGAAAGUAGUGGACUCCUUCCUGCAGGGCUAUGACAAGAGAAAAGAGGAGGAGGCAGAGCGUAAGAAGAAAGAGGCGGAGGAGCAACAGGAGGAUGAGGAGGGCUGGGUGAAGGUCACGAGAGGAAGCCGCGGCGUCAAGGCCCGCCCCCACAGCGAGAUGGCAAACCAGAGGGCUUUGCAUAAAGAAACCAGGAAGAGGAAGAGGAAGGAGCUGGUCAACUUUUACACCUGGCAGCACAGGAACACGCAGAAAGAACACAUUGCAGAAUUGAGGAAAAAGUUUGAAGAGGACAAGCAGAGAAUCGCUUUGCUUAGAGCACAGAGGAAGUUCCGGCCCUACUGAAUAACUUGUUCAUACAUUUCUUACAACCAAAUCACCCAACUUUUGUCUACAAUAAAUCUAAGUUAAUCUUCUCGUCAAAGUCACAA